AUGAACCAAACAAAGAACCAAACCAAGAACAAACCCAGGGUAUUCCAGUCCCUAUGGUCCAGCUCCAAUAAACCAUCAACUGCAUCAUACUGCUCCCUCUUUAGCGACUGUAUCCAUGUAGCUACAUCCAGGACCUGUGAGUAUCUUCACUUCACAGACCCAGAUAAGAAGUUCUGGCCAAGCGAAGCGGUCCUGCGGGAGAUCUUCCUAAUGAAUUACAUCCAGCGCAGCUUCCAGCUGAACCUUACCGAUACCUUCAGCUGCACUGUGAUGACUCAUGGACAGAGGUUUCUUUUAGGGACCGAUUGGGUCUGGGCUGUGCUGGAUCCACCCAGUAAAAACCCCAGAAUCCAGAUUGCUGUGCAGGUCCUACACGUUGCAGAGAACACUCAGGAGGAUUAUAAGGAACAUUCCAGUGUAGAGAUAGAACCAUUUGAAGGGACCAGAGCUGAGAGACUGGUGGAGUUCUGUGCUGGAAUUGGGAGGAGCUGCUUUGCUUUGUUCCUCUUCUUUGGAAAUAAGAAGAAUCCUGGGAACAUCUGUGGACUGCUGAGUAACAACCUGCAUCAGGCCCUUGGGAAGUGCGUUAGAAUUGAUCAGAAGUUUAUUGAGGGGUUUUUCAAAGGGGCAAAGGGUUUUGUUACUGCCACUGGGAUGCUGCAUGCGGUGGCUAAUAAGAAGGAAAAUGACCCUCUAACAAUGCUUGUCAAGUUCACAUAA